AUUGCAACCGCUGCCAUUGAUCGAUUAAUCUCCUUCCCCCCUUCCUCUCGCACUCUCCCCCUCCCUUCUACCCGUUGCGUCGCCGAUAGCGUCUUUCGACUUUCCAACGACCCGGGACCUACUACCUCCUCCUCCCCAUAUCCUGAGGCUAAUACCGAACCGUUCCUCAUCGCUACUUCCUCCCUCCCCGCUCUCCCUACCUCUUCUAUCUCCGCUUGACUUCUUCCCCCGAAGCCACCCAAGCGACCAUGCCCUCCUUUUCUAACGACGUCGCAUAUCAAUCGUCCACUGCAACUGCCACUCACCCGCGUCCAUUCGACUCGCCGCAGGGCAAAACGUCGGAGAAAACAUCCGUGGGGAAUACUUUCCUAUGGACAAAUUGGCCCAAUGGCGACACGAACCAUCUGGAUGCCCCUCCAAAUGACCGCCAACUCACCAACGGCAGUGCUUACUCCCUGAAUGGUCCGCGCUCGAGCGCCAGCUCAUAUACGAGGGAAUUGCCGCACUCGAAAGACGGCAGCAUGCACUCCUUGGGAAAUGGUUCGGCUCGGGAUCCCAGGGAAGGCGGGAGGCCCUCGACAACAUUGGAUCGCGAUGUCUCUAGGAAGUCAGUUGAAAGAAGCGCUCGUGCAGCCUCUCCGACGGCAUCGGUCACUAGCCAGCAGAUCAAUGGAACGCUGACCCCCCGGUCGCUCAACGGCAAGCCGACGGUUAAUGGAGACUACCCUCGACCGUCCGCUGAUGAAUUGGUUGCUCCCGAUGUAGUGGCUAAUGCUUCGGGCACGCGAUUGUCCACCUCUCAGCCUGAUGACGCUGGUCGUCUCUCGCCGGAUCCCGAUCGAUUGUCGCCCUCCUCGCCCUCUCAGAAGAAUCCUCACCGGUACUCCUCUCCUCCUGUACCAUCUGGCCUGGAUGGUAAUGCGCAAGAUCCGAACAACACCGGCCUUCGACAUCGACAUACUUUGCAAGUCCCACGAAACAGCAGCGGGCGCCGAAGUAGUCGGGACCAAACCGAGGAUGCUGCCUACAGCAGCGGUCGCUUGUCUCCCACGGCCGGAAUUCGUCGUACUUCUUUCAGCUUGGCCCGGCGCGCUACCCGCACCAACCAGUCCGAUAUGCUGUCCGACGAUGCCCCUCCAGACGAAGAUGCGGCUCGAUGGGCAGAAGCCAUUAAGCAGAGGCGGGCUUCCAAGAGAAGACGUCGGGAUGAUGACGACGAUGACCACGUUAUCGUUGGCACAAGGGUCGACCAGAAUCAUGUGAAUUAUGUUACUGCCUACAACAUGCUCACCGGAAUUCGGUUCACGGUGUCGAGAAUCAAUGCGAAGAUGGAUCGGGAGCUGACUCCGGCGGACUUUGAGGCCAAGCACAAGUUUUCUUUUGACAUAACCGGAAACGAACUGACCCCUUCCGCCAAAUACGAUUUCAAAUUCAAGGACUAUGCGCCCUGGGUUUUCCGUCACCUUCGGGCAAAGUUCCGACUUGAUCCUGCGGACUACCUGAUGUCCUUAACCAGUAAAUACAUCCUUUCCGAACUUGGCUCGCCGGGAAAGAGUGGAAGUUUCUUCUACUUUUCUAGAGACUACAAGUACAUUAUCAAAACAAUUCACCAUUCCGAACAUAAGCUAUUGCGGAAGAUCCUUCCGGAAUACUACAGACAUGUCGAGCAAAACCCGAAUACUUUGAUCUCGCAAUUCUACGGUCUCCAUCGCGUCAAGAUGGCCUAUGGUCGCAAGAUCCACUUUGUUGUCAUGAACAACCUGUUCCCUCCUCACCGCGAUAUCCACCAGACAUUCGACUUGAAGGGUUCCAUGAUCGGACGUGAUUUGCGCGAGGAAGAUUUGGAGAAGAACCCAAGAGCGACAUUGAAGGAUUUGAACUGGGUCCGGAGGAAUCGCGAGAUACAGUGUGGUCCGUCAAAGCGGGACUUCUUUCUAGCUCAGCUAAAACGGGAUGUUGAAUUGCUGAAGAAGUUAAAGAUCAUGGACUACUCUCUCUUAGUGGGUAUCCACGAUGUGGGACGAGGGAAUGAGGAGAAGCUGCGGGACAAGACUCUACAGGUUUUCCAACCCGGGGGUGAUCGCGAGGAAGAAGCCAGUCCCAAUAUGCUGAUGCGCACACCUUCCAAACUGGAGAAUGAGCGCAAGGCCCGCGAACUGCGCAUGCUGAUCAAGCGUGAGCGUCCCGUGCCGCUUGAUAAAGCGGCCGCUAAGAUGCCCGAGGAGAUCCUUGAUGAAAGGAAGUUCCAUGUCUUCUAUGCGGAUGAUGGUGGAUUCCGCGCCACGCAUGAAAACGGUCAGCCUGGCGAGGAGAUCUACUAUCUCGGAAUCAUUGACUGCUUGACUCACUAUGGAAUGGUGAAGAAGAUCGAACACUUCUUCAAAGGUCUUUCACAUGACCGGACGCAAAUCUCGCCUAUACCACCGGAGGGCUACGGUGAUCGAUUCAUCAACUUCAUCAAGGGCAUCACAAUGUCCAAGGAGGAGGCCGAACGACAUCGGGAAGCCCGAGCAGAGGGUAGGCCCUCAGUGGAGCGUUCCGAGUCUGUUGAACGGACUAUGCAAGCAGCUGAGAAGGAGGCUGCCAAGGAUGUCUCGCACGCCCAGCCUCGGACGCUGUCGACUGUUCGAGACCCGUCAGACCCUAGCGGUGUCGUUGCGCCUUCAUUUUUGCCGAUCGUUGACGAGGCUGGGGAGGCCAGCAGCGUUGGAGGGCAAAGCCAGCAUAGUCGCCACGGGCCAUCUUCUGCGGCGGAAAAGGAACUCCCUCCGGUUCCUCAACAAAAUGGGAUGCCCUUCGCUGGAAAAGGCAAGGCAGCGUCUCGAAAUGAGCAAUCUGGCAUGGUAUCUGUCUCAGGCAGACAAUAACUUGUUACGGUGCUGAUUUCCCGUCGUUUUUCAUGAUAUCCUCGUUCGCAGCUCAUAAUGCUUUGUUCAUACCCUGGCGCCA